AUGUCUUACGCGUACCUGUUUAAAUACAUCAUAAUCGGAGACACAGGAGUGGGCAAAUCGUGUCUCCUGUUGCAGUUCACUGACAAGAGAUUCCAGCCCGUCCACGAUCUGACCAUCGGUGUCGAAUUUGGUGCACGUUUGGUGGCCAUCGAGACCAAACCCAUCAAGUUGCAAAUAUGGGACACCGCUGGCCAAGAAGCUUUCCGAUCUAUCACACGGUCUUAUUAUCGUGGUGCAGCUGGUGCAUUAUUGGUGUAUGACAUCACUCGUCGAGACACUUUCAAUCAUUUGACAACGUGGUUAGAAGACGCUAGACAACAUUCCAAUUCCAACAUGGUCAUUAUGCUAAUUGGCAACAAAAGUGACUUGGAAGCGAAACGGGAAGUCAAGAAAGAAGAAGGUGAAGCAUUUGCUCGAGAACAUGGAUUGGUAUUUAUGGAAACAUCUGCUAAAACUUCUGAUAAUGUAGAAGAAGCCUUUAUAAACACUGCUAAAGAAAUAUAUGAAAAAAUUCAAGAGGGAGUAUUCGAUAUCAAUAAUGAGGCAAAUGGUAUUAAAAUUGGACCACAACAUUCAACUGGUAACAACAGUAUACCUGGCGGAAAUAAUCGAUCCAAUGGCAAUGGUUGUUGUUAA